GCAAAGAGAGGAUUUGCAAGAAAAAGUCGAAUAGACUGACCUAUGAGCAUAAGAAAGAAGAGGAAAUCGAAUUAUGUAUGAUGAGCUUGAGUUGAGUCACAAAAAGGGCUCAUCAUAGCCCUUUUAGAGUGACUUUCACGGUUAUAAUGAGCUUUCUUCUCCCUCUCCUAUUUCCAAGAACAAAUUCCAAUUUUUUCUUAUGUAGUGGAAACACCCUACAAUCUAAAGUUUUACGCUUCAUGUAAGAAAUGUUCUUGGUGGAUGCAGGACUUGGGACCCUCAGAAUUUGUAUGCAAGAUGAGCCUACAGGGGUGCCAAUCAACCGAGCCACCAGGUUUGAGAAUAGGGUGGGAUUCCUGGAUCUAGUGGCCGGUGAAUCACUGAUCAAAGAGCGAGCAGCCACCAGGUUUAAUGAUUUGGUGGGAUCUACAAAUGUAGUGGCUGGUGAACCGCUUCUUCUUCUUCCACGAAGAUUCAGACAAAACCGAGCUUGGAUGGAACUGAAAAAGAUUGAGAAAACGAAGGCAAAUAUCAAAGACUUUAUUAUUGAGAAAGUAAAAGGAGGUUAUUCAGUAGCCAUUGCAGGUUUCAUUACUUUUCUUCCAUUCCGUCGCAGAAGGAAAAGGAUAUUGAAUAAUCAAUUCACCGUUGAGAGCAUUAACCCCAAAAAGAAAAAUAUUGUGGUCUUCUAACACAAAAGAAAAAUAUUCUGGUCUUUGAAGGAAUG